AUGCAAAGAGAGGAACUACAUGAGGAGAUUACUGAAUUGCAGACUAAACAUGAAAGACUUGUUACUUUUAUUGAAGAGCAAAGCCGAAAAGAGGAGGUUGGUGAGGAGAAGAAGGUUGAGAAAGAGGGUGGCGAAGGUGAUGAUGAGGAUGAUGAUGAAGAGGAUUUGGAGGAUGAGGGUGGAGAAUGUGAUGAUGAUGAAAAGGAUGAGGAGAAAAAGGAUGACGAUGCUGAGGAGGACGACAAGUAUGUUGAUGAUGGGGAUGACGACAAGACUGCUAAUAUGCCGACUACUCCUCUAUCAAAGACAAACGAAUUCCCUGAAGAUCAAGAACACCAGGGAGAAGAUCCAGAAACGACACCUUAUAUGACAAAGGAAGAAAUGGAUGUCAUUGUAGAGAACUUGUUUGAAACUGUGUUCGUGAGGCUUGAAAAAGGUUGUUACAAAACGACACCACCUGAAGUGAAGGAAAGGAUGACAACCAUGAUCCAUAGCGAUUGUCCGAGAUUUUCAUUGUUGAGACAAAAUGAUCCCAAAGAAGAGUCGUCACAAAAAUCAUUAUCCAGUGAAGACGUAUGA